UUGCAACAUCCGUUGGUCUCCUAUAAAUACAGGCCAUUAGGCACCUCGGUCUCUACAUCCACCAAGUCUGCUAGCUAGUUCUCUCCCCAGAGAAAUUUUCAAAGAAACCUUUGAUCUUGCUUUGACAAAUCAUGGCCGAGGAGAAGCACCACCACCACUUGUUCCACCACCGCAAGGAAGAGGAGAGCUCCGGCGUGGUCGACUACGAGAAGAAGGAGAAGCACCACAAGCACAUGGAGCAGCUCGGCGAGCUCGGCGCCAUUGCCGCCGGUGCAUAUGCUCUGCAUGAGAAGCACAAGGCCAAGAAGGAUCCCGAGAACGCGCACGGCCACCGGAUCAAGGAGGAGGUCGCCGCCGUCGCCGCAGUGGGCUCCGCCGGGUUCGCCUUCCACGAGCACCACGAGAAGAAGGACGCCAAGAAGCACGGCGAGCACUGAAGGUCGGUCAUACGUGCGUCGCAUGCAGUGCCAGCCACCGCUGAUGCUUCGGCCUGUGUGCUUCCACUGCUUUGUUCAUGAAUUCGUGUGCAUGAGGUCUUGAUUUGGACUAGGUAUUUCUGUCAGGUCCAAGUAUAAAACAAAGUAUGGAAUAAAUGUGUGCAGUAUUGCACAAUUUGUUUGUAUGAUGUGUAUCGAAUCAUUUUUAUUUCUUCUUUAUUGAGAUGUGUUCUGAUUUUACUCGAAUAAUGUGGAUUAAUUGUGCUCUUCA